ACAUCUGUUUCGGGCGCCGCUCUGGCAGCGGCCUCGCUCUUCUCAUCCUUUGCCGCAGCAGUCCAGCCUCUUACUGUCGAUGGUGCCAACUUCAUCACCAAGUCGAGUGGAAACCGCUUUUCUAUUGUUGGUGUCGACUACCAGCCCGGCGGCUCAUCCGGCGUCACCGCCACAAGCGACCCUUUGAGCGACCCUCAGGCCUGCUUGAGAGAUGCAAUUCUUAUGCAGCGUCUCGGUGUCAACACCAUCAGAGUUUACAACUUGAUUGCCGACAUCAACCACGAUGAGUGCGCAUCCAUCUUCAACGCUGCUGGUAUCUACAUGAUCCUCGACGUAAACAACGGGUUCGACAACUCGUACCUCGACCGUUCCGCACCCUGGACGACUUAUACCAACGCAUACCUUACCCAUGUCUUCAGCAUCAUUGAGGCUUUCGCACCUUACCCUAACGUUCUAGGUUUCUUCUCUGGUAACGAAGUCAUCAACCAGGACAGUGCUGCUAAUGCUCCCGCCUACAUCCGCGCGGUCACUCGCGACAUGAAGGAUUACAUCGCCAAGAACGUCGACAGAGAUAUCAGUGUUGGGUACUCGGCUGCUGAUGUUGCUACCCUGCUUAGCGACACCUGGGAGUACCUUGGCUGUGAUUUGGCAAACUCAACAUCUUCCAAGAUCGAUUUCUUCGGUCUAAAUGACUAUGAGUGGUGUGGCGACAGUUCUUACAUGCAGUCUGGCUACAACAUGCUCGUUGAACAAUUCGGUAAUACCAGUAUCCCCGUCUUCUUCUCUGAAUACGGAUGCAACAAAGUCGAGCCUCGCACCUUCACCAACGUCCCUGUCCUUUACGGCGAACAGAUGAGCGUUUUGUCUGGUGGUCUGGUCUACGAAUACUCUGAAGGCUCCAACGACUAUGGUCUUGUCAACAUUACCAGUGCCGAUGAGAUUCAGCUCCGUCAGGACUACGGUUUCCUGGCCACUCAAUAUGCCAAGCUUGACGAGAGCCUCCUUACUUCUGCCAAUAGCACUGCCACUGGUCAGAAGCCUCCUACAUGUGACCCCGACCUCAUCACUGGUAGCGGCUUUAUCAACAGCUGGGAUCUCCCUGCUCGUCCCAGCGGUGUCGAUGCCUUGAUCAGCAGCGGUAUUGCCAGUGCAAACAAGGGCAAGACUGUUUCCGUUACCAGCACCGCUAUGCCUGCCACUGUCUACGACUACGACGGACAGCAGUUGAAUGGUCUCGAACUCACCGUUCUCGCUGAGCAAGACAGCAACCGUCCUGGUCUUGCUGGCAACUACACCCCUUCCACCCCUACUGGAACUGCCGCAGCCACAGGAAGCAGCAGCACCGGCGGUAGCUCCGGCAGCUUCUUCCACUGCUUCUCAAUCUGCUGCCACGAGCAGUGGCGCUGCAGCACCAUGGUUGUUUCCUCAGGUGCUGCAACCUUUGGUGCUCUCCUUGCCUCUCUCUUCUUCUUGUAA